AUGCCCUCCUUCGAUGAGUUGCGCCCUGUUCUCACCGACAAUGACAAAGCCCAGGAGUUCUUUAUCAAGAAAGGGGUUAUCUGUCCACCGACUGUUUGUCCGCGGUGCACACGUCCUAUUGCGUACACACCCAACCAAAGGAACACUGUUCGAUGCAGAGCAGCUGCUUGCCGGUUCAUUAUUCCUUCCAAGUGUGAUAAGUGUGACGGUCCUAUGGCAGAAUACCAUGAUGACACCGGCGAGCUACGUUCCAAAGUUUGCCAGAACAGCUCCUGUCACUGGACCUGGAGAGUGAAAGGAACGGGCUACGAAUGCAGUGUUCUCAAGGGCAGUGUUCUACAAAAUGUAAAGAUUCGCAAGGAUCAGGUCCUAUGGCUCGCUUACUUAUGGCUACUGAAGGUUCCUGCCAGGACGGCAUCACACAUUACCGGAGUGUCCGAGGGUACCGUUGGCAGGUGGUAUAGACACUUUCGCCGAAUGGUGAUUGAAAUGGUUCUCCAAGCUGACAAGGAAGACUACAUGCUCGGCGGCCCUGGUAGGAUUGUGGAGGGAGAUGAAGGCAAGUUUGGACGCCGGAAGUACAACCGUGGAAGAUGUGUGAACGCUGACUGGGUCUUUGGAAUGGUUGAGAGGGGAGGAGAGCGAAAGCUAGCUCUGAUUGUCAUUCCAGAUCGGAAGGCCAACACUCUCCUGCCCCUCAUCAUGUCUUUCGUACGUCCUGGGACCCAGAUCAACACUGACAAACACGGUGGCUACAACAAAAUUAAGGACCUGGAGGGAUACAACUACGAACACCGUACUCUAUGCCACAAGUAUGAAUUCGUCGCUCAGGAUGGAACCCACACCCAAACGAUCAAGGGCAACUGGAGAGUAUUGAAAAAAAAUGUGCCGGAGUCACAACGCGAGGGCAGCAAUCUACAGGAGUACUUGUACGAGUGCAUGUGGAGGAGGAAGCACGCCAAGCAUUUGUGGAAGUCGUUCAUCGAAGGACUGGCAUGCCUUCGCUACCGCCCUGAGGACAUUGACCGAUUGUGGGAGAUGAGAGAAGAUCGAGAGGAGUCUUGGUCGCCGGAAGAGUCUUCUGUUGAUGAUUCCCUCGACGCGAAUUCUAGUGUUAGUGACGAUGACAGCCUUAGCGAGCCGUCCUCCGAUUACAUGGUGAUCUAG